CUAAAACGGCAACGCCAUUUGAAACCACGAAAGAGAAAUGGCGGCGAUGGCUCGAUUGCACCUCCUCCGACCACCGCCGUCCGCCGAGAAGCCCUCCGCGCUGUUAUCAAAACUCCCUCUCUCUUCAGCGUUCAAUAACCCUAAUCUCUACAGCAUUGCCCAUCGUAAACUUUCGCUUAGUCCGCCGCCCUGUUCCAAGUCGAAUUCAACUUCUGGAUCGAGUCCGUCCAUAGUCGGUGAUCUUCUGGACUACCUGAACGAGUCUUGGACUCAAUUUCACGCCACAGCUGAAGCAAAACGACAACUAAUUGCUGCUGGAUUUCACUUGCUAAAUGAAAAUGAUGAGUGGGAUGUCAAGCCUGGUGGACGUUACUUCUUUACUCGUAAUAUGUCUUGUUUGGUUGCCUUCGCUGUUGGAGAAAAGUACCAGGUUGGAAAUGGUUUUCAUGUAAUUGCUGCCCACACAGAUAGCCCAUGUCUAAAACUAAAGCCGAAAUCUGCAUCUUCCAAAUCUGGAUAUCUUAAGGUUAAUGUGCAAACUUAUGGAAGUGGUUUAUGGUAUACAUGGUUUGACAGGGACUUAAGUUUAGCUGGCAGAGUCAUACUGAGAGAUAAAGAUGGUUCUUUUCUGCACAAACUCAUCAAAGUGAAAAGACCUCUAUUACGGAUACCAACAUUGGCGAUUCAUCUCGAUCGAACAGUGAACAAGGAUGGGUUUAAGCCCAAUCUAGAGACUCAUUUGAUUCCCUUAUUAGCAACAGAACUUGAGGAUACAUCUUCUGAAACCAAAGAUAAAAGUUCAAAAGCUGCGCACCAUCCCCUUCUCAUGCAGGUUUUGUCUGAUGAGCUCAGUUGUGGCAUUGAAGACAUGGCAAGCAUAGAGUUGAAUGUCUGUGAUACUCAACCUAGUUGCCUUGGAGGUGCAAAUAACGAGUUUAUAUUUUCUGGAAGAUUGGAUAAUCUUGCUUCUAGUUAUUGUGCACUGAGAGCUCUUGUGGAUUCAUGUGGAAUGCCUGGCGAUUUAUCAAAUGAGCAUGCAAUCCGGAUGAUUGCUUUGUUUGAUAAUGAGGAGGUAGGUUCAAACUCAGUUCAGGGAGCUGGUGCUCCAACCAUGUUUCAGGCUAUGCGACGUAUAGUUUGUUGCCUAGCUCAGGAGUAUGUAGGAGAGGGUGCUUUUGAGCGGGCAAUUCGUCAGUCCUUUCUUGUCUCUGCUGACAUGGCUCAUGGUGUUCACCCAAAUUUUAUGGAUAAGCAUGAAGAACACCAUCGCCCAGAAUUGCAGAAAGGACUUGUCAUCAAGCAUAAUGCAAACCAACGUUAUGCCACUAGUGGAGUUACAUCAUUUCUUUUCAAAGAAGUUGCAAAAAUGCACAACCUACCCACUCAGGAAUUUGUGGUGAGAAAUGAUAUGGGAUGCGGAUCCACCAUAGGUCCUAUACUUGCUUCAGGGGUUGGCAUUCGCACUGUUGAUUGUGGUAUUGCUCAGCUUUCCAUGCACAGCAUAAGAGAAAUAUGCGGGAAAGAUGACAUUGACAUCGCUUACAAGCAUUUUAAGGCAUUCUAUCAGACAUUUUCAAGCAUAGACAGGAAACUAACCAUGGACUACUAAUAAGUUCUGUGCGCUCUCAGCAACAAGGUAAAGCUUUUAUGUUGAACUUCACCAAGCUACCUAUCUUUUUCCUUUUAGGAAAGGGAGAGAAGCAUAGUGUGUGUAAUUUCAUUCAUUUAUUUAUGGUUAGAGCAAAGAUGAUGAAAAUAAUUCAUAUGGCUAGAACAUGGACAUGUAUAUUUGGCUUUUACAGAACACAGAUCUUGUUAUUUGUUUCUUAAUUCUUGUGUGAUGAGAGUUUGCUACAUUUCAUAA